AUGUCCGCUUAUCAAGGCGAAGGAAAUUAUCCUGAACUUUUAGUGGAUAACAAAUCCGCUGUUGAUACGAUAGUUUAUGGUAACUUUUCACCAAAAUCAAAGCCAUACGCUGUCAGGUUGAAAUGUUUAGAAGAACGAUUUGAAGAGAAGCGUUUCAUUAUCAAACACGUUAGUACGAAGGACCAGUUAGCUGAUAUUCUUACUAAACCUAUUACUACCAAGGUAUUGGGUAAGUUAAGGAGCAUGAUUAUUCAGAUGCUACAAAUCAAGGGAGCGUGUCGGACAUAUGAGAAUAUUACCUAG